ACAUACCAAGUCUUAAGUUACUGAAGGCCCUAAUAUAAUCAAGUUUGUAACCUGACUUUUGGGUUGAUUUACCUUCUUGUCUUUUUUCCUUCUAAGAAUGUAAAACAAAAGGUUUUUAACAUUAAGCUAAGUCAAUUUAAAAGUGGGUCACUUCUUGGUUUCCUCCCCUUUUUUUGUAAAAUUUUAUGUGUUAAUAAAAGCAUACAGUGUAUGACAUUCUAAAAAUUUAGUUACAUAUAUUGCGUAUGUAUAUAUACUUAAAAUUAUGCCAGGGGUUCAUAUAACUUAAUUUAUGGAAACGUUACUGAGAGAAAGCGUUUAAGCCAAAAAAGAAAUGUUUUUUUGCAUAAAAUGAAAUUUAACAUUGUGAUUGACUUUACUAAGUUUCAAGUUUUACUAAGUUAACACAAAAAUUAGAUUUGAACUUUUUGUGUUUAUUUUGCAAAAGUUUUUACAAAUUAAGUAUGAUCCAUCAUUGAGUAUGGUAACUAUUGAAACCAAUGUCAGUAAAUCCUGAAAUGUAAAAUCUGACACUUUAAUGUUCCUCAAAAUGAGUAUAUUAUGAAAAGAUUUUAUUAUAUGAUAAUUUUUAACUGGCCAUGAUGAUACUUAAGAUAUCACACAGUCUUGAUUUUAAACCACGAAAGAAAAAAAUUAAAAAUUAUGUGAGGACAUUAAAGAGAUAUAUCGGUGAGGAUAGGUCCGGUUGUAAGGGGAUGGAGGAGACCGGCAAUUAAUACCUUAUAAAAAGGAAUUGAAUUUGCACUAAAUAUGUGAAAGUUAAUGUAUUUUGUAAUUUGAAUGAUACUGUACAGUUUCAGUUCCUUUGUUGCUCUCUUUUGUCUUUUUCCUGUUUUCAGGUACUAUAAUAAACUUUCAAGGAAUUUGUAGAAGACGUUAGCAAGUUUUUUCAAAUUCUACUGGAAGAUAUAACAUGGCAGUUAUUUUAAAUGAAAAACAAUCAGAUAAGUACCUCUUAUUAAUUAAUUUUAUAUUUAAAUGUGUACUAUACAUAAAGGCGAGACCAUUUUCAUUGUGUAAUGUAAUUUUUAAGUUAUUUUAACAAUUUUGAAACCACACCCUUUUUAAAUUUCCUUCUGUAUAAAAUUUGACAUGAUUAUGUCAUUGUACCACCAGUAAAAUCUUUGCUAAUUUUUCACAUCAGUAUUUUUCAUGACUACUCUGUCACAGUUAGUUUGGACAGCCAAAUGAUCAUGUCAUUUGAUUUUUUGACUGCUUAAUUCAUAAUGCAGUUACUUUAGUACGAAAAUUAACAUUCUAGUUGUAAAUCAUUUAGGAAAUUUCUUUACAUUAACAAUGGCAAUUGAUCACAUAUGAGAAAAAAGUAGAGGAUGAGACAUACUAGAGGAUUUAUUUGCAAAUAUAGAGAAAAAAAUGGCGGCACAAAUUAACUUAGAACUUGUUUCACUUUAUGCUAAAUUCGUGGAGCACAGGAUACAACAUCCUGGCUCCAUGAAUUAUCGGUCGUUUGGCCGAUGGCUAAAGCAGGGUGGGGUCGAGUGGACCAAUGAAGAAGACCCCACCGAAACAGCUCCCAACAUGGAAUUGAUGCAAGUAUGGACAAAAUUUUUACAGUACAGACUUAGACAUAGCGGGUCAAUGGACCUAGAAGUGUUUGGACGUUGGGUGCAUAAUGGCGGGGUUGAGUUUUGUGGUGGGCGACGGGAUCGUGGUAGAAGUAGCAGUCGUGGUUGGAGACGCGGUCGUGGUGGGAGACGCGGUCGUGGUGGGCCGUAUAAGCCACAAUAUUAAAAUGUAUUUUUAUUACUAACCCUUUGUAAAACGAGGUGCACUUUUUUUUAAUAAAAUAUCCUAAAUUUAAAAUGGGCCUAAAUAUUGCCAAAAUUCAAACAAUUGCUAAACUAUUUUUCAGGCUGAAUUUAAAAUAAAUACUUUGAAAAAAACAACAUUUUUUCCAUUGAAAAAAAUAAAUACUUUGAAAAAAACAACAUUUUUUCCAUUGAAAUUAACUAGAUAAACAAAUAUUUUGUCUACCUUGUUUUACGAAGGGUUAGAUGUUAUUAAAUUUGUUAAUUAUCUUAACUCUA